AUGCGGCGGUGGCAGUGUCGCCUCGCGGCUGCCGGGGCCCUGCUCGCCGUCGUGCUGGCUCUGUGCGUCGCGGGGCCGCGCUCGCCGGCGCCGCUGCGGUUCGCGCCGGGUGGCCGGUUCAAGGUGGCGCUGUUCGCGGACCUGCAUUACGGCGAGAACGCCUGGACGGACUGGGGCCCUGCGCAGGACGACGCCUCCGACCAUGUCAUGGCCGCCGUGCUCGACGCCAAGAACCCAGACUUCAUGGUGUACCUCGGCGACCUCGUGACGGCGAACAACGUGCCGGUGGCCAACGCGAGCCUGUACUGGGACCGGGCGGUCUCCCCGGCCAGGCGCAGGGGCGUCCCGUGGUCCAAGGUGUUCGGCAACCACGACGACAUACCCUUCGAGUGGCCGCCGGAGUGGUUCUCCCCCGCGGGCGUCUCGCCGGUGGACUGCCCGCCCGCCGCGCCGGCCAUGCCGGACCCAGGGUGCAGCUUCCAGGGCACGCCGUGGGUCAAGCUGAUGACGGCCGAGCUCGACCGGGCCUGCGGGCUGUCACGCUCCUCCGUCGGGCCCGGGGAGCUCUGGCCCGGCGUCUCCAACUACGUGCUGCAGGUGCUCUCGCGCGAGCGGCACAACCCUGCUCUGCUCAUGUACUUCCUCGACUCAGGCGGCGGAUCCUACCCGGAGGUCGUGUCCUGCGCACAGGUCACGUGGUUCCAGAGCCAGGCUCGGUUCCUCAAUCCAGACGGUAGGAUCCCUGAGCUGGUAUUCUGGCACGUACCGAGCACGGCGUACGUCAAGGUGGCUCCAAGGGCCACGGGCGAGAUCAGGAAGCCCUGCGUCGGCAGCCUCAACGAGGCAGACGUGGCGCCACAGGUGGCCGAAUGGGGCAUGAUGGACGCUCUUGCACGGCGAUCUUCAGUUAAGGCGAUCUUCGUGGGGCACAACCACGGGCUGGACUGGUGCUGCCCCUACGAGAAACUGUGGCUGUGCUUCGCGCGGCACACGGGGCACGGAGGGUACGGUGACUGGCCAAGAGGGCGAGAGGAUUGUUGA